CUGAAACCACAGAGACGACAAAAAAGCCCUUGGAGGCUUGACCCCAGGCUAAACAGUGCUUAUAACUUUUUUCUACCGAAGACAGAACUGGGAGAUUCGUACACGCAAUAGCUACAUUGAUUGGCUCCCUUACUUCUCAAUCAUGAGUCCGGCAUGUCCCAUUGGCAGAAAGUAUGUAAUGUGGGCGGACCCAAUCUUCGUCGCACUGGGGGCGGGACUAUAAGGUCCGACAGGAAAACUGAAGAAAGGCGAGGAUCUCCAAUAAAACGAUGGCUGCAAUCAGAAAGAAGCUGGUGAUCGUGGGUGAUGGAGCCUGUGGGAAGACCUGCCUCCUCAUAGUGUUCAGCAAAGACCAGUUCCCUGAAGUGUAUGUGCCCACAGUGUUUGAAAACUAUGUGGCAGACAUCGAGGUGGAUGGGAAACAGGUGGAGCUGGCCCUCUGGGACACGGCGGGUCAGGAGGACUACGACCGCCUGAGGCCCCUCUCCUACCCCGACACUGAUGUCAUCCUCAUGUGUUUCUCCGUGGACAGCCCCGACAGCUUGGAGAACAUCCCGGAGAAGUGGACUCCUGAGGUGAGGCACUUCUGUCCCAACGUGCCCAUCAUUCUGGUGGGGAACAAGAAAGACCUGCGUAAUGACGAUCACACACGCCGAGAGCUAGCUAAGAUGAAACAGGAGCCGGUGAAGUCAGAAGAGGCGAGGGACAUGGCGAACCGCAUCAACGCCUUCGGGUACCUGGAGUGCUCGGCCAAGACCAAGGACGGAGUGAGGGAGGUGUUCGAGAUGGCCACCAGGGCGGCGCUGCAGGCCAAGAGGCGAGGCAAGAAGGGCGGCUGCACUGUGCUAUAGAGCGUCACGGCACACAGGGCUGGGUGGGGGAGGGGGGGGACAGACCAGGCCAAGUAACACCCCCUCUCUGUGUCCUCUGGGGCACCAAGCUGGGCACAAUUGAUUGGGGCAUUAUAGGGAGAAGCUAAGAAAGUCCAACAUGGCUAAAGGGGUAACAAAGAAAGAUCGAAUGCAGUAGAGUGGUGCAGGAAUGAGUUCUUAACCCGGAAAUGAGUUAGCAUUUAGACACUUCCUGGCUCCCUCAUCUCGAAUGUUUUUUUCUUCUUCCAGAAAUAAAGUAUUUGGUUAAUGCAAGCUUUUGAGAUUUUCACGUUUUAGUUCUACGACAGGAAAUAUGUAAGUAAAUACCCCACUAACAGCGGUUGCUUAAAAGUUACAACAUUUGACUACAUAACGCCAACACGCAAAAUAUUAGCCACCUUUAGCUUAGCGAUGUUGACAUGUUUUUUUGUUUAGAUCAUUAUGUUGGCUUUUUACUUCUGGCAGUUGCAUUUAAGUAUCAUAAAAGUGGUGUUAAUAUGUGGAGAUUAUCCUGCUGAGCAAAACGUGCACGUAUCAUAAACGUCUGUUCCAAAAUCCAAUACAAAUAAUCCCAUUGCUUUUAGCCGAUUGAGCCCUUGUGCUAACUUCCGGGUCUGCCUACAAGAUCACAUCAUAGCUCUGUAGACAAAGUCAGUGUAUAGAUUGUAGUACAUGGUUAAAGCUUUCAAAUCAAACUGCUAUGAUUAGGAUACAUGAAAUCAUGGAGAGAGCAUGAAUCACUCAUGCCUUUUUAGUGUGGAGGGUUAGUAGUUUUUUCUGGUCUCCUCUGUCCUGAACUCACUGCUUCAGUGCCCCCCCGAUGUAUGCCUGCCUUUCUAAGUGUUGGGAGAGUUCCAUGGCCUGCUGUGUGACUGUUCUCUUCUUUCUUUCUCCUAUAUUACCUAUGGGCAAUAUAAACUGUAUAUGGCCUUUCUGUUCCAUUACGCUGAUUAUUGGCAUUCGAGCAUAAAUAUGUGAUGUUAUGAGACCAACUUAUUUGAGUGUUUUAUACAAGCCUGUUAAUGAUUGCAACAUUAACAAAGAUUAAGCCAAGCUUAACUUGGCUUUCAAGUCAGAAUACUGUUUGAUUCAAUGGAUCAGGACUGUCAAACACUGUCAACAGUUGAGUAUUAAAAGGUUAACAAAAUUAAAGAAGCUGUCAUUUUUCAAAGAGUAUUGGGGCCUUAAUGUCCCUCCUCUACAGAGAGGGCCACACAUUGAUGUAAAACAGGUUUAUAUUAGAGGAACGCCUUUAUUUUAAUUUCCCAUGAGUAUAUUUUAUAUCAUAUUUUAGUAAUGCGCCUCCAUGUUUUCUCAUCUUUUUUAAUUUGUUAAUGCAAGCUCAACUCGUCCUCCACGUUACGGGUCUCUCUAGAAACAUUCUGUAUAAUGUGCAUUUCCACAGCAUUAUUUAGGUCGCUUCACAGCCAUGUCCAUUUCUUUAUAACAGCUUUUUUUAAAGUCUGUUUUUUAUUGUAUUGCUGUUAAGCUACCAUCAAGGACAUGCACACACUACUGAGUUUAUAUUUAAAACUUGCCGCAGGUCAUUCGAUUUUCCCAGUUUCAGUGAGGCUGCUGUGGAAAUGUACAUUAUACUGACAUUAGAGAGAAAUUAUCUCAAGUAAUAGCAGCCUCUGUUUUUAACUCAGCCAUCAUUUGUUGUUCAGUUGUUCGACACUCCCAUUUUGAAAGCAUUGGUUUUUAUUUGGAAGUGUUUUGUGUACCUGUCUUCCAGGGUCUUAUUGGAAGUGUUUGGUGUACCUGUCUUCCAGGGCCUUAUUGGAAGUGUUUGGUGUACCUGUCUUCCAGGGCCUUAUUGGAAGUGUUUGGUGUACCUGUCUUCCAGUGCCUUAUUGGAAGUGUUUGGUGUACCUGUCUUCCAGGGCCUUAUUGGAAGUGUUUGGUGUACCUGUCUUCCAGGGCCUUAUUGGAAGUGUUUGGUGUACCUGUCUUCCAGGGCCUUAUUGGAAGUGUUUGGUGUACCUGUCUUCCAGGGCCUUAUUGGAAGUGUGUUUGCAACUCUUCUUUGUUCUGCUUCUUAUUCUUUUGUAUGUUAUUUUAACUGCAUGAUAUUCCACUGGCUUAUGUUGUAUUAUUUGCACACCGCUUAAAACAAAACCUCAGUGUGUGGUAUACACACUUUGAAAAAAAUUAUGUCAAAUUAUGAAAUGAUAAACGCAAGCAACCUCUGGUUAUUUGUUAGAGGAAUAUUGUUUUGUAACAUAUCCUCACAUUUCUCCAGUUGUCUUUUUGUAAUGUAUUCUAAAGGAAAUAAAUUGUAACUGAGAAUGACCAAA